AUGGAUGACAACGACGUCGAGAUGAGCCACAAGGAUAACAAAGUCAUUAAGUCGGUGGAUCAGCAAGAAUAUAAUUCCAAACGUGCUGCAUUCUACCCUUACAGAACCCGUGGUGCUCAAGUCUUGGAUCGAUACAUCAGCUUCAUUCCGACGAUAGCUUUCCCAGCCACGUUGCAGUCAUCAUGGGAAGCGGUGGCGGUCAGUUUCCAGGCUGGUCUGCUCAAUGGCGGGCCAACAGCGUUAGUCUGGGGGACCCUAUUGUGUAUAAUUGGAUCUCUUGCCGUGGCUCUGUCACUUGGUUGGAUUACUGUAUUUGCAUGGAUUGCGGUCUGUGCACAAGUAUGCUUCCUUGAGGGCACCAUCCUCCAAGGUCUUAUUAUCCUCAACGAUGACACGUAUGUGCCUAAGCUGUGGCAUGGCACCCUUCUGGCCUGGGCCAUCCUCGCCUUUCCUCUGAUAUGCAAUAUCUUUGCCAGAAGAGUCCUUGCACAACUAGAGGUCCUUGGAGGUAUCCUGCACAUUGUGCUCUUCAUCGUCUUCGUCGCCGUGCUAGCAUCGUUGUCGCCCCGAAGCUCUGCUGAUUUCGUGUUCACGGAUACAGUCACUAACCUCAGUGGAUACCCGAGUUCUGGAGUAUCAUGGUGUAUUGGCUUGCUAUCAGGCGCUUUCCCCCUGGCGGGAUUUGAUGGCGUGCUUCAUAUGAGCGCCGAAGUCAAAAACGCACCUCUUCGCGUUCCACAAAGCAUGGUCCUUAGUGUCCUCAUCAAUGGCAUUCUCGCUUUCGGCAUCAUCAUCACCAUACUGUUUACCAUUGGCGACCCAGUUGCAGUCUCCCAAACAGCAUACGUCUAUCCAAUCAUCCAAAUGCUGUACAAUUCGACCGGCUCCAAGGGUGCGACCACAGCAAUGAUGUCAUUGCUUCUCUUCAUUGGCGUUGUAGCCGUGUUCAGCACCCUUGCCUCCGUCUCUCGCUUAACAUGGGCAUUCGCAAGAGACAAUGGCUUGCCCUUUUCGAAUUUCUUUGGCAGAGUCAACGCGACCCUUCGGAUCCCCCUCAACUCUCUCUCCCUAAUAACUAUCAUAGUCAUGCUCCUCCAGCUCAUCAACAUCGGCUCCACGACCGCCUUCUUCGCCAUCCUCUCUCUUAACACCUUGGCCUUAUACCUCAGUUACAUCAUCCCCAUCCUCUUCCUCGUAAUCCACAAGCUCCAGGGAUUUGGCAUCUCUUAUGGUCCCUUCAGGCUCCCUCGCGGAACGGGCUUGCCGAUAAACAUAUUCGCAGUCUGUUAUGCGGUUUUCAUCGUGAUAUGGCUACCAUUCCCAUCGACGGUGCCAGUCACGGCAGAGACGAUGAAUUAUGGAGGGCCGGUCAUGGGUGCGGUGAUUCUAUUCGCGUUGGUGGAUUGGUUUUUGGGCGGAAAGAGGAGGUUCCAAGUUCCAAUGGAUAUUCGGCACGAUGAGCAUACACUUGAUGAGGGUGAGUAG